CUCCUCCUCCUCCUGCUCUUCCUCCUCCUGCUCUUCCUCCUCCUUCUCCUCCUCCUCCUCCUCCUCCUCCUCCUCCUCCUCCUCCCUCUCCUUACCUGUGGUAGUGGUGGUGGAACAUGGGCCCAUCAAAGGACUCUGUUUUGAGCGGCGUGGGUCCUCAGGAGCGGGAGGAGCCUGCAGAGGCAGCGUGGAGAGAGGUGGGCCUGAGAUAUUUCUUCAAGGGCCAAAAGGCCGGGCAGGGCAAGAUCUGCGUAUUCCGCUGCCCCGGCGAAAAGGGCACCGUGCCGGCAAGAGCAAUCAGAGCUUGCCUCUGCAACGAGGCGGGCGUGAACCUCUCUCGCUUUGCGGCCUUCUCCUACUGCAACUCUUGGGGCGGAUUCCUCCCGCUGCCGCACGGAGACGAGGAGGCGGUCUCCACGGUGCCCAGCUUGGCGGGACGGCCGCAGAAGGUCCCCUCGGAGCAGCAGCCCAGUGGCGAGCAGCCGCCGGAGCGUGAGUGCGUCGACGUGCAGCUGGAGGAAACUAUGGGUUUCACGUCUCGUGCCUUGCAAGAGCUGCGUUUGGAGGCUCCGGCGGGCUUCUUUGGUAUUGGCAUCGUCCGUGGGAAAACGGAGACGAAUCACGGGCUGCUCUGGCGAAGCGCUUUCCAGCUUGGCGCCAGCUUCACGUUCAGCGUGGGCGCGCGCUACGACCAGCGCCGAGACGGGAUGACCGACCGGGCCCACUGUGCCAGCAGUUGUCCUCAAUGGUCCUUUGUUGACUUCGCUGCCUUCGCGCAAAGUCUGCCCUUCGGCGCGCCGCUGGUGGCUGUGGAGAUGGGCGGGGAGCCCCUCGACGCCUUUGAGCACCCGUCGAGGUGCAUCUAUGUUCUUGGCAGCGAGGACGCAGGCAUCGAGAGCUCGGUCCUGCAGGCGUGCCAUGCCGUGGUCUCCAUCCCGAGCCUGCGCUCCGCAAGCUUCAACGUAGCCAAUGCCGGUAGCAUCGUAAUGUAUGACCGCUUGGCAAAGGAGCGUGCGUCGCAGCUCCUGAAGCAAUGAACACAUAUCAACCGAAUAUUGGAACGACUGAGUGGCGGUUGUUAUGGCAAUGGUGGAAUUCUACGUAUACCCUGAGUUCCUGGGUGUGAGAGUGGACCAACUGUGAAUCUCAACUUUGAUGGGCUUCAUUAAUUCGUCGUCAAAGAAGAUAUUCAAGCACAUUUCACCCGUUUGCGAAACGCUAUGCGCUUUCGGUCUGCCAGGCAUCAUCCUUGAGCAGACGCCCAGCUUUAUGAAUCACACGGCUACGGUGUGCCGCGCAUCGCAUGCUAGUGUGAGGUAGCAAUAUUUAUUCUGAACGCUGGGCGGGCGAUCUCGCCUCAACGAAGAAACACUCAAGCGCCUUCCAGCCGCCACUAAUCGCCGUGCAAGGUAUUGACGCUUCGCGUGUCCCCAUGUGCCCAUUCAGAAGUGAUCACCAGGUGAGUUGUUUUGAUCACGAAAGUGCAGGCGAUUUCAGAAGACGGACAGGUG